UUCACCAAUUCAAGAAGGACUCUUACUAUGGGAGCACCUGCUGGUUCUGGCACAAUGAAAUGGUUGGUUUGGGUGCUCCUGGUGUGCCCCUCUGCAAUGGCACAACUGCGUAAGGAUCCUACGCUGGAUAACCACUGGGACCUCUGGAAGAAAACAUAUAGCAAACAAUACGAGGAAAAGAAUGAAGAAGAAGCACGGCGUCUCAUCUGGGAAAAGAAUCUAAAAUUUGUGAUGCUUCACAAUCUAGAGCAUUCAAUGGGAAUGCAUUCAUACGAUCUAGGCAUGAACCACCUGGGAGACAUGACCAGUGAAGAAGUCAUGUCUUUGAUGAGUUCUCUGAGAGUUCCCAGCCAAUGGCAGAGAAAUUUCACUUACAAGUCAGAUCCUAAUCAGAAAUUGCCUGAUUCUCUGGACUGGAGAGAGAAGGGCUGUGUUACUAAUGUGAAAUACCAGGGUUCCUGUGGUGCUUGCUGGGCUUUCAGUGCAGUGGGGGCCCUGGAAGCACAGCUGAAACUGAAAACAGGAAAGCUGCUGUCUCUCAGUGCGCAGAAUCUGGUGGACUGUUCAAAUGAAAAAUACCAGAAUAAAGGCUGCAAUGGGGGCUUCAUGACACAGGCUUUCCAAUAUAUUAUUGAUAACAAUGGCAUCGAUUCUGAAGCUUCCUAUCCCUACAAAGCCAUGGAUGAAAAGUGCCACUAUGACCCCAAAAACCGAGCUGCCACAUGUUCAAAGUACACUGAGCUUCCCUUUGGCAGUGAAGAUGCCCUGAAAGAAGCUGUGGCCAAUAAAGGACCUGUGUCUGUUGGUAUAGAUGCAAGUCAUCCUUCUUUCUUCCUCUACAAAAGUGGUGUCUACUAUGACCCAGCCUGUACUCAAAAUGUGAAUCAUGGUGUUCUGGUGGUUGGCUAUGGUACCCUUAAUGGAAAAGACUACUGGCUUGUGAAAAACAGCUGGGGCCUUAACUUUGGUGAUCAAGGAUAUAUUAGAAUGGCAAGAAAUAGAGGAAAUCACUGUGGGAUUGCUAAUUAUCCAUCCUAUCCAGAAAUCUAGAGGAUCUCUUCGUUUUAUGAAAAUUCAAAGAAGAUGAGCCACUUUCUCCUACCUUAGUUUUAUCUGUUGUAACAAGUACAAAUAAGUGUGUCGUGAUCAAUGUAUGUUUACUGUACUAAUUAGAAA